AUGAUAUGCAUCAGCACCAUAGAUGAUAUCGUACCAUUGCUCAAAAUGAUAUAUCACAAAAAUUGUGAUGAUAUUGGCUCAAUCAUCUACAUUUUUGGUACAUUUGAUCCAGAUGAAAUUACCCUAUUUUUCCAGUGGCACCUGUUGUCAUCUCCAACCAUGAGCCUACCCGCUCAUAUUCACAACCUUAUGUGGAAACCCAAGCUUAGCUUGAGAACGCCAGAAAAUAUCCUGGCCAACAACCUCAAGCCCAGAUGGGAUACAAAUGUUGCUUUCAACAAAUCUCCCAACAGGGAGAUAGCCGAGAGACUUCUUUCUAACCUUGAGCGCAGGUUUGGUUCCUCUAGUAUGAGAUGGAGUGACCUCCAAAAGAGGUUGCACACCAACUUCACUAGUAGAACCCGUCGUGAGAGAAUGUCUGAUGAUGAGAUAGCGGAAACAAACGCUCUUACACGAAGAGCAGCCCGUGCAGAUGAUAAUGAGUGUCGCCGUGUACUGGCCUACAAAGACAAUAAGAAGGCAAUUGAUCUUGUAAUGCUCAGAGACUGUGCCAACACUCUCCAAAAAGCAGUAAUGUCAGAUGGAGAGUCUGCCGAUGAAAUGGACGAGGAUGGCAUAAAACAUGUCAUUCAUAUUGUACAACCAGGCUGGAGAAGCGAUGAGUGCAACCGUUUCAUUGCACUUGUUGACACUUAUGCUGUCCAGGCCAUGGGGUCAAGUGCUAAUCAAAGGAUCCGUAGGAUCACUACUAGUGUGUCCAACUCAGCAGUCCCGGAUAACAUUAGCCCCAAUUUUCCUCGGUGGGCUCUUAGAGACGGGCUCUAA